AUGGCACUCUUGGCCAAGGGGUGCGCUUUGGGUGCACCGCCGGCGCUGCCUGUGGCGAGGCAUGCCUCAAAGCCUGGGAAGGCUUUUCCCGAAGCUCACGGACGAGGUGUGUCGACGGCGCACGCGGCAGCCAGCACAGUCUUGGCGGCGGGCAUUGUGGGGAAGAGGCGGAUGGCACGGAAGACCGCCGUAAGGGCUGCACCGCCCCUGAAUGGCCGCGUCACUGUGGAUGAAGGCAUCCGCAGCGACUUCCCGGCGCUUCAACAAGAGGUGAAGCCGGGCGUGCCACUGAUUUACCUGGACAACGCUGCCACGUCUCAGAAGCCGAAGCAGGUUCUGGAGGAGCUCAAUCGCUUCUACAGCCAGGACAACAGCAACGUCCAUCGUGGGAUGCAUACGCUGUCGAUGCGCUCGACGGAAGCCUUCGAAACCGCUCGGCAGAAGGUGGCGAAGUUCGUGAACGCGCCGGACUCCCACGAGAUCGUCUUCACCAGGAACGCAACCGAGGCCAUCAACCUCGUAGCGCGCACAUGGGGUGCAGCCAACAUCCAGAAGGGGGACGAGAUCGUGCUCACCGUCAUGGAGCACCACGCGAACUUAGUGCCCUGGCAACUACUCGCAGAGUCGACGGGCGCCGUACUACGCUUUGGACAGCUCCGCAAGGAUGGUACGCUG